AACACUUACCAUGCUUGUUUUUGUCAUUGCAUGUAUUUCUCAUUAGUUGCUUGAACACCGAACAGAUUAAAAUCUUGCAAUUGGAAGGUCUGGGCACCCGAUUGUUAGGUCAUCGUACACCACUUGACAGUCUUCACCAUUGUUUCUCUUCAAUCUUUCAGAAACUGUGACACAAAUUGAAAGACUUUGAAAAUGGCAGAAAAGGUAGACGAGGACAAAGUGACAUUCGAUCAAAUGGAACUCGACGAUCGAGUAUUAAAGGCAAUAGCAAAAUUGAGCUGGACAUCGCCGACAAUAAUUCAAGAAAAGGCAAUUCCACUAUUCCUCGAGGGCAAAGAUGUCUUACUCCGUGCUCGCACAGGAUCCGGCAAAACGGCCGCGUUUGCUAUUCCCGUGAUACAGAAAGUGUUAAACUCUAAGGCAUCCGCCACACAACAACAAACAUCAGCAUUGAUUCUGGCGCCCAGCAAGGAGCUAUGUCGUCAGAUUCACUCCGUCUUCGAAGCCCUAACGAUUAAGUGCCAGAAAAUUGUCCAGAGCAUCGACUUAUCCUACUACACAAGCGUAACGACUCAGAAGCUACUGCUCUCAAAGCAUCCCGACGUGGUUAUAUCCACACCCGGCAAAAUUUUGGCUCAACUGCAAAGUGGGAACAUAAACCUGAAGAAUUCACUUGAAACGCUGGUUAUCGACGAGGCGGAUUUGGUGUUUUCGUUCGGAUUUGAAAAUGAUUUGAAAGGCAUCGUCGAUCAUUUGCCGUCAAUAUACCAGGCCAUUCUGGCAUCGGCAACACUGAGUGACGAUGUGUCAUCUCUGAAGCAGAUAUUCUUGCACAAUCCGGUCGUAUUGAAAUUGGAAGAACCCGAACUCGCACCAUCAUCCCAGCUGUCGCAUUAUCACAUUUCGGCGGAAGAAAAUGACAAGGCAGCGAUUUUGUAUGCCCUGUUCAAAUUGCAUUUGAUACGCGGAAAGAGCAUAAUUUUCGUCAACACAGUGGACCGCUGUUACAAAUUAAAACUCUUCCUCGAACAAUUCAGCAUAAAGUCGUGCGUUCUCAAUUCCGAGCUACCAUCGAAGAUCCGUUGCCACGCGGUCAAUCAAUUCAACCAGGGAAUCUACGACAUUAUCAUCGCCUCUGACGAACACGUUCUCGAUCAACCGGAGAAAAGCAAUAAAUUCACACGCAAGGCGAAAGGUGAUGCUGAGUCGGGCGUUGCUCGUGGCAUAGAUUUCCAGUGCGUUUCGAAUGUGAUCAAUUUCGAUUUUCCACUGGAUAUCAAUUCGUAUAUUCACAGGGCUGGACGGACGGCACGCGGGAACAAUACAGGGAGUGUCCUAUCAUUUGUGGAUCUGAAAGAGCGUGAUCUAAUGAAUCAAGUGGAGGAGCACCUGCAAAGUGGCUACCUAACCGACGAUGCUGUAAUGAAAAACUAUCAGUUCAAAUUGGAAGAAGUCGAACCGUUUAGAUACCGUGCCAAAGAUGCUUGGCGUGCCAUUACUCGCAUUGCCAUUCGUGACGCACGAUUAAAGGAAAUCAAAGUUCAAAUAUUCAACUGUGAAAAAUUGAAGAGCUACUUUGAAAAUAACCCACGUGACCUGCAAGUACUGCGGCACGACAAAACGUUGGGUACGAUUAAGAAACAGGCGCAUCUUAGCGACGUUCCCGACUACAUAAUCCCGGACACAUUGAAACGAAUGGCUGGCAUUUCGACAAUGAAAAAGUCGAAACGACCGUACCAGUCUGACAGCAAGUCAAAGUCAAUUUAUGCUGCGAAGAGAAACAAUCCGCUGCUGUGCGCUGAGUUGGACUACGGAAAGAAGAAGAAACAUUGAAAUUUUGACGCGGAAUAAAAGUUGAGUUUGAAAAAUA